AUGAGACUUUACCACCGUGGAGCGGCUUCUUGCAAAACGAUGAGGGGGAUUAUCAGUAAGAGGUCGAAGAAGUGAAAUAUACAAGAUCACAAACAUAGAUUGCUCGCAGAUAAAUAUGAAUUGAGACGAAAGCUUUAUAAAGCCUUUUGUAAAGAUCCCGAUCUUCCUAGUGAUAUGCGGGACAAACAUCGUUAUAAGUUGUCCAAGUUGCUAAGAAAUAGUUCAUUUGCACAAGUAAGAAACCGAUGUAUUUCCACAAGUUGCCCUCGUUCCGUAUAUGAGUUCUUUCGCAUUUCCUUUAUCGUUUUUCAUGGAUUAGCAUCUCAAGGUUCUUUGAUGGGCAUAAAGAAAUCAUCUUGGUAG